AUGUCCCUCUUCUCCGCAUCCCUCAUCUCUCAAGACGUAGCCUCCUCCCUCCCCACCGGCUACACCAUCCGCCCCCUCCAAAAACAAGACUACGCAAAAGGCUUCCUCACAUGUCUCCACGACCUCACAUGGACAGGGGACCAAACAGAAGAAGAAUUCAACCAGCGCUACGAUGAGAUGGACACGCAGGGCAAAGGGCCGUAUUACUACCUCGUCAUAGAGCAUGAGGGCCGCAUCGUUGGCACCGGCGCCGUCAUCAUCGAAAAGAAAUUUAUCUGGAACCGCGCAUCGGUAGGCCACGUCGAGGAAAUCUGCAUCUCAAAGGCCCACCAAUCUAAAGGUCUGGGUCUGAAAAUGAUCAAUGCCCUCGACUCAGUGGCCAGGAAUGUCGGAUGCACCAAGAGUCUUCUGAACUGCGAUCCCGCCAAGAAUGGCUUCUACGUCAAGUGCGGGUAUGUUUCUUCAGGGAUGGAGAUGCAGCAUAGUUUCAAGGAGGAGAAGCAGUAA